CAGUCUUCCUUGCCCCCAACAGAGAGGAGUGCCUGAUUGCAGGAACUGCUGCCAGCACUCUACACUGCAGGGUGCCAUGCUGCACUGGGGGACAGAUGCUGAGCUGCUUCCAGAAACCUGGGACACACACAGACCCAGAGGCCCUGCUGAGAUGACCUGACUGCGAUGACUACAAUUUUCUGAAGUUUGAAUCCUGUUUGCAUUGGAACUGAGAUGCAGGCUGAACAUUUGAGUAUUUUUAAUUUCUGGGACAUAGAAUUCAUUUUGGUUAAAAUAUUGAACCUAAGAACUAAGACCUAAGUUUUCCCCUCAGGGAAAGAAAGACUCAAAAUAAGAAAUGACUAAAACCCCUCUUCACUUGAGAAGGGGGAAGACUAAAGGUUUAGUGCUGUUCAGAGACUUGAACUGGUAUUUGAGAACAGCAAUGUCAUUGUACUCUUACUGGUAUUGACCUGAUAUUUAUAACUGUAGAUAACAUGUUGAGAAAAGUUGGUAUUGACCAAUAAUGGCAAGAAUCAUGGUACUGACCUAAAGAGAUUUGGAAAAGUUGGUAUUGACCGAGAAUACUGAGAAUUAUGGUACUGACAAAGAUACUUGGAAAAGUUGGUAUUGACCAACAAUGCUGAGAAUUAUGAUACUGACAAAGAUAUUUAGAAAGUUGGUAUUGACCAACAGUGCUAAGAAUUAUGAUAUUGACCUGUCCACUGCCGAGAAAAGAUUGACACACCCUGUAAAUGUUGGGAGUUAAGAUAGUUAUAGUUUUCCUUUGUUAUGAUAAAAGAUAAAGUAGAUAUAAAUAUUGUAACUAGAGAACAGUUCCACAGGCUCACCUGCUUGAAUCCUUGGUCCCCAUUGGUAGAAAUGUUGGAAAGGGAGUAGGGAAGAGGUGUCCCUGAGGGUGGACUUUGAGCAGCUGCUGCUCCUAGAGCAACCUCUACCUCCUCUUUCCAGAUCUAGAAAGGAGCUCUCUCUGCUGUGCUUGCUGCCACCCAGAUCUCCGACCCCUGGAAACAAAACGGUCUCCUACAUCGUGCCUGCUCCCUCUGCCGUCUGCUUCCUGUGUUGACCAUGCCUGGGUGGAGCUGCCUGGUGACAGGAGCAGGAGGGUUUCUGGGCCAGAGGGUCGUCCGCAUGUUGACUCAGGAGGAAGAUCUGCAGGAGAUCAGGGCCUUGUACAGGUCCUUCACUCCAAAACACAGGGAGGAGCUAUCCAAGUUGAAGACAAAAGCCAAGGUUACCGUGCUGAAAGGAGACAUUCUGGAUGCCCAGUGCCUGCGGAGAGCCUGCCAGGGCAUGUCUGUUGUCAUCCAUACCGCGGCCGCUGUUGACAUCUCGGGUGUCAUUCCCAGACAGACCAUCAUAGAUAUCAAUCUGAAAGGUACUCAGCUCCUGUUGGAUGCUUGUGUGGAAGAGAGUGUUCCAGUCUUCAUCUACAGCAGCUCAGUGUCCGUGGCUGGACCAAACUCCUACAAGGAGAUCGUCCGGAAUGCCUGUGAGGAAGAGAAUCUCGAAAGCAAGUGGUCUGACCCAUAUCCAUACAGCAAGAAGAUGGCUGAGAAGGCUGUGCUGGCAGCCAAUGGGCGCACCCUGAAAGCUGGCGGCACUUUGCAGACUUGUGCCUUAAGACUCCCAUUCAUCUAUGGAGAAGGAAGCCAACUGCUUUUGGGCACAGUGAAUAGAGCACUCAAAAACAAUGGCGUUAUUGGGAAUUUUUCCAAAUUCUCUGUGGCCAACUCAGUGUAUGUGACCAAUGGGGCCUGGGCACACAUUCUGGCUGCCAGGAGCCUUCGAGACCCCAAGACGUCAUCAAACAUCCAAGGACAAUUCUACUACAUCUCAGAUGACACUCCUCACCAAAGCUUUUGUGAUUUAGUUAGUAACAUGAGCAAGGAAUGGGGCCUCUGCCUCGAUUCCGGUUGGAGCCUUCCUCUGUCCCUGCUGUACUGGCUUGGCUUCCUACUAGAAGUUGUGAGCUUCCUGCUGCGUCCAAUCUACAACUACCAGCCUCGCUUAAGCCGCUUCAUGGUCACAGUGUUAAAUAGUGUGUUCACCUUCUCAUACAAGAAAGCUCAGCGAGAUCUGGGCUAUGAGCCACCUGUCAGCUGGGAGGAAGCCAGGGAGAAAACUUCGGAGUGGGUCGGGUCACUAGUGGAGCAGCACAAGGGGACACUGAACACAAAGACUCAGUGACAUGAUGAUGGCAGGAACAUGGCCCUGGGUGCCAUCAGAGCCUCAAGAACAGGUCUAAGACACAAGCCAACUCUUACACUUCCCUUUGAUAUACUGGCCAACUUGUCUUCAGGUCACCAGAAGCCUUGCCAGCCUCUGGUCCAGCCACAACCUUCUGCCCUAAACACUUGUGCAGCAAAACAAGAGGCUGUGCCUCAGCUGCUAGGACCAAAGGCUCAGUUGCUGGCCCUGAACUGCCUGGAGCCUCUUGUAACUUAGAAUUCCGUCAGUGUUUCCACUUCCCCUCUCAGAGACCCACAGCAUUUCUUGUCAGGGAAGAUUUCCAUGGCUUCAUAAAGCUCUCGGUAAAGAACAAUAAAAAAAUGUUAAUGCCUAA